AUGCAUAUAGGCAAAGACAGAAAGCAGGCAGCAGCAACAGCAGCAGGAGCAGCGGCAGCAGCAUCAGCACAGAGCAGUAGUAGCAGCAGCAGUAGCAGCAGUAGUAGCAGCAGUAGUAGCAGCAACAGUAGCUGCUGCAGCAGCCGCAGCAGCAGCAGCAGCAGCAUUAGCAGCUCGUUAAGAAACGUCUCUGAUAAGAAUCCAGCCGCCAAGAGAAGCGAACUCCAAGGGGAUCGCUGCACUGAGCCGGGGCUAGAGCGCGUCUUUCGGCAGCAAAUUGAUGCUGCAGCAGCAGCAGAUGCCCGCAGGCGCUUAGAAGAUGAAACAAAGAAGAAAGCAAUUGUCUCUGCAGCAAACUAUGGGGAGUUCAGAGCGCUUGUAAACGGCUGCUAUCUCAGACCUUUGUCAAAAGAAGAUAUAAACAAACAAGCUACUAGGCGUCUCAACCCUCAUGCAACGUACACUCCUCCUCUUGCUGCUGCUGCUGAUAGCAGCAGCAGCAGCAACAGCAGCAACAGCAGCAACAGCAGCAGCAGCAGCGGCAGCAGCAGCAGCAGCAAGGAAAAUAGAGACGGCGCUGCACCUCCGCUGCGUAAUCAGGCGCAGCUGAGGAGACAGUGGGAAGCGCAAGAAGACCCGGAGAGACAGUGCAGCUGGCUGCUGCAGCAACCACAGAAAGGGCUGCAGCGCCUCUUCUCCGUUGAUAUCGAGCCGCAGCUGCUGCUGGUGCUGCUGAAGGCCUUGGCUACCCAUCUCUCUACUCUCGCAGCUUCCCGCUGCAGCAGCUGCUGCUGCUGCUGCCAGACUCGGCGCUGCACUGCACCAGCAGCAGCAGCAGGGACUGCAGCCGCAGAAGCAGGGACAGCAGCAGCAGAAGCAGCAGCUGAAACAGCUGAUGCUGCUGAUGAUGAUGCUGCACCCGAUGAGUCUUCAUUUUGCUGCAGCAUUGCUUACCGAGUGUCUCUAACUGCAGGCUUCCUCGCCUUCUUAGCGCGGCUGCAUGCAACAGCAAAGGGGGCCCGUCUGCUGCUGCAGCAGGAGCUGCAGCAAGUUACUUCUUCUUUUGAAGAAUCUCUCGCAGCCCUCCACUCCCGAGUAGUCCCUGCUGCUGCUGCUGCUGCUGCUGCUGCAGAAGAAGGGGAUCCCCCUGCUGCUGCUGCUGCAGCAGACGGGGAGACCCCCGUCGCUGCUGCCGCAGCAGCAGCAGAAGCAGCAGCAAAAGCAGAGGUGGACGAGAAGUCUCCGUGGUGCUGCUGCUGCAAAUCACCAACGGCAGCAACGGAAGCAGCGGAAACCGGCACUGCAGCAGCAGCAACAUUAACAGCAACAGCAACAGCAGCAGCAGCAGCAGCAGCAGACCAGGUGAUGGAUUGCUGCGAGACCAAGAAUGCCGUGCGAGCGCUGCUGGAGACGCUGGGGGCGCCCCCGCUAUCUCACUGA